ACACACACACACGCACACACACACACACGCCGGGGAAGGAAAAGGAAAAAGGUGGCACUAGCCGAGGAGGAAGGAGCGUCGCCUGCUGCCGGAGCUGCAGGUUGUUCAGAUCGUUCAGGAGAUUCCAGGAUCUUUCAGGAUUGAUCUGAAGCAUCUGAAGCAUCGAGGAGGAUCUGAAGAGUCUGAGGAGGAUCUGAAGUGUCUGAGGAUUCGAGCUGUUCCUGUUUCUUCCUCCUGAAGCUGAGUUGUUAUGGCGUCCAAUGAGUCGCGGACGCAGCCGCCGCCCGCUCAGAAGGACGCGGCCGACCAGAACUUCGACUACAUGUUCAAGCUGCUGAUCAUCGGCAACAGCAGCGUGGGGAAAACCUCCUUCCUGUUCCGCUACGCCGACGACUCCUUCACCUCGGCCUUCGUCAGCACCGUGGGAAUCGACUUCAAGGUCAAGACCGUGUUCCGCAACGACAAGAGGAUCAAGCUCCAGAUCUGGGACACAGCGGGCCAGGAGCGUUACCGCACCAUCACCACAGCUUACUACCGAGGAGCCAUGGGCUUCCUGCUCAUGUAUGACAUCUCUAACCAGGACUCCUUCAACGCCGUGCAGGAUUGGGCGACACAGAUCAAAACCUACUCUUGGGACAAUGCUCAGGUGAUUCUUGUGGGUAACAAGUGUGACCUGGAGGACAACAGGCUGGUUCCCACAGAGGACAGCCAGCGACUAGCAGAGGACCUGGGCUUCCACUUCUUCGAGGCCAGCGCCAAGGACAACAUCAACGUGAAGCAGGUGUUCGAGCGGCUGGUGGACGUCAUCUGUGAGAAGAUGAACGAGAGCAUGGACGGAGAGGCCGGCCUCGUGUCCAACCACAAGAACCAGGGCCUCAAAGACUUGCCUUCAGACAGCAGUGGGGGCUGUGCCUGCUAAACACACACACAGACACACACAAACACACAGACACACACUGAUGCUCCUACGUGAAGAUCAACUCCUUCUCUGUGUCUUAACCAUGGAACGUGUCCCACCUCUUCCUGUCUCUUCUCUCUGCUUUGCCGCCCUCCCCCCCACAUCACAGCACAGACCAAAGGACAGUUGGCUUUUAAUCACACAAUCAAACAUCCGCACAACACACACUCACUCAAUCACUCGAGUAUAAGGAAUCAUACUUGAGUUGGAGCUAUAGUGAAAGUAACCAAAAAACCACUUUGUCACAGUAACUAGAGUAAAUGUAACUUGUAACUUCCUACCCUGGAACGUCUGGUACUCUCCAGCUCUCUGGACGUCUUUGUCUUCUAAGUGUUCGGCUCCGAUUUCUCAUCCUGACAUAUUUGUUUUCUUUUUGUAUUUUGAGUCCGUUGCAUCAUCAUCACCCCCCCCCCCCCCUCUCUGGGAACUCUUCCUAACUUUCUGUAGACUUUCCACGAGGCGACCCAGAGUGAGAAAGUCCUCAUAACUCUGGAACUUCCCACAUUUACUCUGACAGCAGCUGAGGUCUCAACCUUAGGUUCUUAAAAAACAUAUUUUACUUUUUAGGAAAAACUCUUUUCCACCUUCUUGUUAAACGUUCUUAUCUUUUCUUAACACAAAGACUUUUUCAGAUAAACAAUUGAGACAUAACUUAAAGAUUGUACCCUCGCCCUAACUUUGGAAAGACCCACGCUAACAGUUUACACCUGUCUCCAGUCUUUGUGCUAAGCUAAGCUAACCGACCGCUCACUCUUCCUGUUUGACUCUUUGCAAGAAAGCGAAUAAUCCCCUAAAUGUUGAAUCACGUCAUAUAAAAAGAAAUCAGAUUCUGUUAAAUGUAAAAGAUACAAUCGUGUUUCCUGCUCUGCAAAAACAAAACAUCCUGACUCAAAUGAAAGUGAAGUAUGUAAAUUCAUGUCGCCUCUUCCUCCGCUAUAGAUAAUUCCUGUGGUGUGAGAUUCUGAGUAUUUAUCUCCUGGUCGGUCAUUUUAAAGAUGGUAGAUGGAGCUCCUGGUGAUAAAGGAGCUCGACAGGAAGUCAUCAUGAAGCUUAUCGAAGCUUUUAGAAUCUCUCUUCUCACGCAGGGACACCGACUCAGCCGCUGGGGGGUUUACUGGUGAACGCUUGUGUGAGGAAGUCGUUUAAUUCUGACGGCACAGGAGGUAUCGGUGGCGUGGGGUGAGUGGCACGUCCUCGCCUUGUGCCACUUUGUCUUGCACACACACACACACACAAACACACACACACACAAACUUCCCCUUGCUGCUGCUGCACGAGAAAACAGUUGACAUGGCAAACACACACAAUGCUCAAUCACUUGAGUAUUCACAAAUUAUUCCAUUUUUAUUAUUGUCUUUAUAUCAAAUUACUGGUAAAUCAAUCAUCUUUUCAUUAAAGUGACCAAAAUAAGGUUUAAUAUGUGCAUUCCCCAGUGAUUCACACUUUGUUUAAAACCUGGCUCCAGAUUCAUGCAAUUGAAAUUUGAAUCGCAACACAAAUCAGGAAAGAUAGAAAAACCUACAAACCUGCUUUUAAUUCUGAACACGGUUUGGAGCAGUUUGACCAUCGCCGGCCACAUUGCUGACCAGUAACUGUCAGUUGGUAUCAACCACAGCCUCUCGCUGUGAUAGCAGCCUCACGUGGCCGUGCCAGAGCCCCCCCCCUGCUAUUGACUUUGCCUGUGGUCCUGUGUCUGUCCCGUCUGUGUGUGUGCUGCAGAGGACUUUAUAGAUUUAACAGAUCUCAGAAAGCUGCUUCCAUCGUCUCCUCUGCACCGAGGUGGAGAUGCGUCCACCGGCUGACACUACAUCUCUGCAGAAGCACUGUGCUGUUAUAUGUGCACCAAUGGAAUCAGAUGGUGAACAGUGUCUGGGACAGUUUCACAUCAAACAUAUUGAAUGUGCUGAAGCUGCACCACUGGACUCAUGUCUGGAACACGACCCUGCUGUUGUACAGACAGGUCUGUAGCAUCCGAGCUGCUCAGUGUGUUUCCUUCUGUUUUGCUUCCUCCCUGAAGUUUGUGGUAUUUUCAUGUGAGUGGUAACUUUCAUAACGACGGGAGAUGAGAUCUUUGAUUCCUGUAUCUGUGAGUUCUGAAGGUGUCAGAUGGAAGCCUUGUGAAAAAUAAACAAAAUGAAAUGGAACAUGUGUAAAUGUGUGUAUGAAAAUCAAGAGUACAUUCACUACAAAAGGGAGAGGACCUGUUUUCA